UGUUCCAGCCUAUCGGGCGCGGAGGCGGAGGGGCGGUUUCGCGGGCGAAGUUUCGCGGGCGCGGGAGCCCCAAGGUCGGCCACACCUAACGGAAAUAAAGACCCACAGGUCUCACUGUAUCACUUGAAGAGGCCCCUUUUUUCCUUCUGCGGACCUCUGUGAUGCAGUCCCCUAGCAACAGCGUCUCUGAUGUGCGAACAUUCUACCGCAAACUCCAGGCAAGCCGUUCAUAGUGGACAAUUCAGGUUUCUUCUGGGAAUUGACCUUGGAUUUGGAAUUGUGCUUCCAAAUCUCUUGGGCUUAAUAUGGCUUGUUUUGAUCCACCUCUUGAAGUGGUUUCCACCAGGAACCCAAUUAUGUACAACAAAAGAGUGGCUGACCCAGUUCAUCCUGACCUUGAUGGUUUGUUGGUGAAAAACAAGAAUCUUUUAGCUGAGCUAAGAAAUCUUCAAAACAAACUUUUAAUAAAAGAAACUUCAGUGCAAGAGAUGAAGAGUGAACUAGAAAGUUACAAAGAAAAUAAUGUGAAACAGUCGUUCCAGAUAAUGUCCCUGAAAAAUGAUAUCAAGGACCUAGAAGAGCUUAUUGCUUCUCUAACCAGAAUUAAAUCUUUGAAAAGCAUCAAUGUUCACAGUCUCGAAAGAGUCAACUGGGAUCUAAAUGAAAGAAUCAUGGAACUAGAAAACCGUCUAAGAGUACAUCUGGUUGAAAAGGAAAAGACAGAGCAUAAAACAAAACUUUUGGAGAAAAAAUUAGCAGGUGCUAAUGAACUCACCCCUUAUAUGAAUACAAAAGGACAAGAAGAUACCGUGGGUAGUUUCAUGAUAAAGGAUAAAGGUAAAGCUAUCCUGGCCAAGAACUGUGAGAGAGACGACAACAUUUUUCACUCCGAGGGACCAAAAGAUGGGCAGAAAAUUUGGGAUAAAUGUCAACAGGAUUUGAUCCAUACGGAAAAACAAAAAUAUGAUUUAGACAGACCUCCAUAUUCGUCCAGCUGGGAAGCUAAAACUGUGCAAUCCCACUCUCAGAAAUUCCUCGGUCAGUUGGCUACUCUCCUGAGCGACAGCGUUGCCCCCCUCCCAGCCACGGAGGAAGCCGUGAAAGAGAGGAUUCAGGAAAUCGGCGCCAAUGAGCAGUCCUGGAAGUCUAGAACCGAAGGCCUUCAGCAGGAAAUUCAGAUGCUUACUAAGCGACUGGAGCAGGUGCAUCAUCAUCACCGUGAAGAAUCGUCCCAACCUGAAGAGAAGUGUGGGGAACAAAAAAGACCCUUGAAACGCCUGGAAGGAAAAAUUGCUAUUAAUGACUUUUUUCAAGAGAGAUUAGACUUGGGCAGGAAUAAAGAAAACUCCAGGCCUAAGAAUUCCAUAACAGAUGGGAACAGCAAGAUGUUUAAACAGCUAGAGAAAGACAACAAGCAACAAACAUUAUUGAAUAUUAAGCAGAAUUUGCAGAUUGCAACCACUCAAAGAUUAGAGGGAGAAAUUCAGGAACUUCAGAAACAGCUCAGUGAUUUGAAAUUGUCAAAUAAAAAUAUGAAAACCCAGCUAACAAGAGUAAAUAUCCUUAAAGACAAAACAAUUCAGAAGCUCAGGCAAUCUUUAAUAAAAGUUGAAGCAAUGAGAGGGAAGGCAGUUGUGAAAACAGGUAACUUGAAAACUCCACUGGACUCGGCCAAGCAAGAGGCAAGCUGGGACAAAGAUAGGGCCCGUCAGAUGGUAGAUGCUGUGACUCCUGAGCUCUGCACAGCAAAGAGCACACUUGAAGACAUAUCAGGACGACCACAGGAGCAUGUCGACUUUCGAGAAACUAUAAUGAAGAUGUUGGGACUUAACGUGAAAACAGCUGACAAAAAAAUAAUCACUCACCUAAGGCUUAUUAUCCAAGCUUAUGAAGCAUCUGACAAAUCAAAGAUUGCUUCCAACUGUGAGACUGGACAGAAUAGUGCGUAGAAAAGUUCUGCCUCCUCAUUGCUGCCAACAAGAACUUAGCAGACACGGACGUUUCCUCUAGCAUCUUGGGCAUGA